AUGCCCAUCACCUUCAUAUUAUAUUACUGUAUCUUUGCCGGAGCAGUCGUCGUUAGUUUCCUUGACAUUUCUUUUGCUCUGCAUUUAAAACCAUUGCAUCUAAGUCCUAUCCUUGUGGGCGCUGUGUUUUUAAUAUCAGGAGGUGUUUAUGCCCUGCUGUCGCCAUUGCUUGGCUAUAUUCUGGAUAAAACGGGCUGGUAUAAACGGUCGAUGGCUUUAGGGGGACUGUUAGCGCUAGUGGCUUUCUCAUUAAUGGGGCCUUCACCAUUUCUUUUCCUACCGAAGGAUUCCCUGUGGUUGAAUAUUGUCGCUAGUGUAGUACUUGGGAUAAGCUUUUGUACUCUUUUAAUACCACCGCUCCAAGAGCUUGUGACAGCAGCAAUUAAAAGUGGAUACCCUGAAAACCUCGAUACUUAUGGAAUCACAUCAGGACUUUAUAAAUCUGCAUUUUAUAUUGGGACUUUUGCGGGUUCAGUUGGAGGCGGAUUUAUUCUCGAUAAAAUCGGAUUUUCUUGGACUGCAUUGAUUAUUGGUUUGAUUGGAGUUUCGUGCACAUUAUUACUAGCGUUAUAUGGAGCUGUUAAGAUGUUUUGCUUUAAGGCCACGAAAGAUGGCUGUUUGAUUUGAUAAUCAAACUUGCUGACAAAAUAACAAUUUAGAAUAUGGUGAGACAGAUGCACAUCUUUCUUAUGUAAAAAUAGAAAGGUUCAAUUACAUUCAUAUUGAAAUAAAAGGCAAUUAAUUACAGACUUGAUUAAAAUAUUUCUCAAGCCUGACUUGCUAUUUGUAUUGUUAGUUACACAACAAAAAUAUCAUAAUUGGGCGUUUCAUUGCUUUUAUCUUAGAAGGUUAAGCAAUA